CAAUUGCCCGGCAGGGUUGUGGCCAUGCCUCCUGGGAAGACGGGGGAGAAAGAGGCUUUGGUCCUGCAGUGUGAAUGGGAAAUCUGCAGCUUUGUGGCCUCGAAGAUGGAAGAGUUUUGCGAACACGUCUCGCAGCACCUGCAGCAGCAUCUCCAGGGCAAGGAGGAGGACAAUGAGAUGGAUUCUCUUGAAGAAUACGCUUGCCUCUGGCAAGAAUGCGGCUUCUGUUCUCCUGAGAGUCCUGCAGAGCUCGUCCGCCAUGUUUACUUCCACUGUUACCACACGAAACUGAAGCAGUGGGGACUGCAUGCCUUACAGAGCCAGUCUGACUUGACUCCCUGCCAGCUGGACUUUCAGAGCCGAAACAUCAUUCCUGAAAUUCAAGAGAACUUUCUCUGCCUUUGGGAAUAUUGUGAGCGAGCUUUUGAUAAUCCUGAAUGGUUCUACAGGCACGUGGAAGAUCAUAGUUUCUGUGCAGAAUACAAGGCGAUAGGGAAGGAGAACCACAUGGUCUUCUGUGGGUGGAAAGAGUGUGACUGUACCUUCAAAGGCCGAUGUAAGCUGCGGGAACAUCUGCGCAGCCACACCCAGGAGAAGGUGGUGGCUUGUCCCACUUGUGGUGGCAUGUUCUCCAACAACACCAAGUUCUUUGAUCACAUCCGUCGACAGACGGCUUUAGAACAACAGCGAUUCCAAUGUUCUCACUGCUCCAAAAGGUUUGCCACAGAGAGAUUGUUGAGGGAUCAUAUGAGGAACCACGUCAACCACUACAAGUGCCCUCUUUGUGACAUGACUUGCCCUCUGCCCUCCUCACUACGCAACCACAUCCGCUUCAGGCACAGCGAGGAACGGCCUUACAAGUGCAACUAUUGUGACCAUAGCUGUAAGAAUCUGAUUGAUCUACGGAAGCACUUGGACACCCAUAGCAAAGAGCCAGCCUACCGCUGUGAAUUUGAAGCCUGCGACUUCAGUGCCCGAUCUCUCUGCUCCAUCAAACUGCACUACAAGAAGGUUCAUGAGGGCGAUUCAGAGCCCAGGUAUAAGUGCCACGUCUGCGACAAAUGUUUCACACGAGGGAACAACCUUACGGUCCACCUCAGGAAGAAGCACCAGUUCAAAUGGCCUUCAGGUCAUCCUCGUUUCAGGUACAAAGAACAUGAGGAUGGGUACAUGCGCCUUCAGCUGGUGCGGUAUGAAAGCGUGGAACUGACUGAGCAACUGCUGAAGGACCGGGAGAAGCAGGGAGAAUCGCUGGAUGACGCGGCCCAGUGCGUGGUGCUGGCAGGGUCGGAAGGCGGCUUACAGGGCAUCAUCCUGGACUCACCGAUGGAGGACCCGGUGGAGACAGAUUUGCCAGCUGCUCUGCCAACCGAGAACUCUGCUCCCCCGUGUGCCAGCGAGUCUCCGGACUGUGAUCCGAGCGCCCCUUCCAGCCCAAUCAUCCGGGUGGUGAACAGGACCAACGAGCACGGAGAGAGCGAAACGGUGUACUACGUGAUGGCUAAUGCCCCCUCCGAGAGCCGGACAGUUGUGCCUAGUGGACUUGUUCCAGAGCCAGAAGAGAAUGUCAUGGACAGACUGCAGAAGACCGCCGAGGAACUGGGCAUCCAGAUUCUCUGAGAGACCUCCUCCUCUGCAGCACCCCGGGAUCUUCCCCCAACCACCAGCCUGGUGGACCUUCCGAAUUUGCCAGUGCUUUGCUCGGGCUCUUUGCCAAAAUGGGCUUUCUUGAAUAGUGGUGAGAGCAGGACGAAAGGCUUCACACAGAUAAAUACACAAACACACGUGCGCCCCAAAAGCCCUUUGUUGGCUCCCUUCAACCUGGGAUCUGGUUGUACGCCUCUUGGUGUAAGGGGUAAUCUGGUAAGGGAAGCCAGCUUUAAGGCAGUUCCUGUGGAAAGGGACUGACUUAAGAUGGAAACGGUGGCUGGGUCAGACCUGAGCUUCAGCGCCUCCUGACCUCACGACGUCUACCUGGCCUUAUUUGAAAAGCUGGUCAUCCCAAGAAGCUAACUUUCAUACCUUGGAAGUCUCAUUCUUGGAUCUCACUCCUGGUCAGCCCGACUCCUAACCUAUCAGUCUCUGUCUCUGCAGUUGGUUUGCCAUCCCCACGUUCUUUGUAGCAGCACAGAGUCCCACUCGCAAGCCCGCCCUCCUCAGUCUCCCUCCAGAGGAGGGUCCUGCACCAGGGCAUCCCUGGGUGACUCGGGGCCCUUCUCUUGUCGCUGCCCCCCUAUUCCCAGGGGGUUGAUGAGCCCUUUGUUCUUACCGUUUGCUCCAUAAUCCACUGCUGCUUGCCCUCUUGGCAAAAAUCCUUCUUUUUUUUGUCUUCGGAGCAGGGAAGUCAUGAAAUCCUGGUUUUCUUCCCACAGUCGUCACAGAACAAGAGGCUGUUGCAAUCCCUCCCACAUCAUGAGUAAGGAGAGAGGA